CAUUUAGAUGUCUGGAGCAUGAUAGGCGUCUGACGAUAUGGGAAGAGCUGUUCUGGAAUCGAUGUGAAAGUUACCGGCCCCAACAGUACUUUAUCUACGAAUCAUGGAUGAUUAGGCCGUAUUAUCAAUCAUUCGCUCGUCAUAGGCAUAGGAGAAGGAGAGUGCGAGUGUUUACACUGGGCGUGUCCCGUAGACCGAGAGAGUGGUUGGUCCUACUGAGCAGAAUGAGACGCAGACCCCGUCGUCGCGCUCUUCAGAUUUGGCGGCUGGACAGGAUCGGACGAAUCGCGAAUCCACCUACUGGGGCCUGUAUCGUAUGUUUCCCGAAGCAACUGUCCUGGCAUAAGGUUUAUGCGAGAUCGUGUGCCAGUUCCGAGGAUAUAAACCGUUUCGUGUUUAUAAAAAUGCAGAGGAGCAGACAAAGAGCGCUUUAUGGGCGCGAAGACAUGCGCCCCAUACGUGCCGAUCGUCUCUAUUAUCCAAACCACAGAUGUUUGGAUAUUCAAACCAAAAUUAGCGAGAAGGCCAAAUAACUAAUAAGUCAGUGGGGUGCUAAAAAUAGGCACUAAUUAAGAGUGAUGUUUACUAUGACAGUAAGAGGUCACUUUACUAAUAUCACUCAACUGUGGUAUUAUAAAGUGUCUUCACUAAACUAGAAUAGAAAAAUAGCAAAGCAGGUCAAUUAGCAUAUUCGGUAAAGUACUGAUAAUAAAAAGUAAUUUUGCUCUCUUACAAAACCAAAUCAGCUCCUUUGAAUAUAUAGUUUUUUAAACUAGUA